UUGCAUGUGCAUGUGCUUUUGAUCAAUUAACAUGAAGGGCGACGGAAGGUGCUUCAAACUCUUUCUUGCAUUAUCGAUCCUUUUCCUACAAAACGUAAAAGGAGGAGAAGUUGGCCACAGCCACAACCACAGCCACAGCCUCAAAGCUGCUAAAGUGACAGUGAGGUGCAUAGAGAGGGAAAGGCAAGCACUACUUGCAUUCAAACGUGGCCUGGUGGAUGACUUCAAUCAACUCUCAACUUGGGGUUCAGAAGCCGAAAAACAAGAUUGUUGCAGAUGGGAAGGAGUCUAUUGUAGCAACCAAACUGGCCAUGUGAUUCAACUUGAUCUUGGAUAUUCUGUCCUUGAUGAGAUGUUUCCACAUGGUGCUCUUGAAUAUUCUUUCCAAGGUAAGAUGAUUAGUCCUAAACUGAUUGAGUUGCAGCAUUUACAAUAUUUGCACCUUGCAUCCAUUGAUUUCAAUGGGAGCCAAAUUCCUGAUUUCAUUGGUUCUCUAACCAAUCUAAGAAACCUCAGUCUCUAUUACUGUAAUUUGGUUGGUCAAAUUCCAAGUUCGUUUGGAAACCUCACGCAAUUGCAACAUCUCGACCUCAGCUAUAAUUAUCAGCUUCAACCAGAAAAUCUUAAUUGGCUCCCUGCUCUUUCUUCUUUAACGUAUUUGGACCUAAGUGGAGCCAAUCUCAGUACUGUUUUGGACCUUUCAUUGACUAAUUUCAAUGGGAGCCAAUUUCCAGAUUUCAUUGGUUCUCUAACCAAUCUAAGAAACCUCAGACUCUCUUCCUGUAAUUUGGUUGGUCGAAUUCUAAGUUCGUUUGGAAACCUCAAGCAAUUGCAAAAUCUCGACCUUAGCUUUAAUCAGCUUCAACCAGAAAAUCUCAAUUGGCUCCCUACUCUUUCUUCUUUAACGGAUUUGGAUCUAAGCGGAGCCAAUCUCAGUACUGUUUUCGAUUGGCCAGAAGCAGUACUUAAUAAGCUCCCUAAACUAGUACACUUGGGAUUGGAGGAAUGUAGUCUUCCUCCUCCUCCUACUCCAAUUCUUUCCACUACUCUUUACAAAACAAAUUCUUCUACAUCUCUUGCGUCUGUUGAUCUCUUUGACAACCAUCUCACUUCUUCAAUAUUUCUUUGGUUGUCCAACUACAGUACAAGCCUUGUUCAUCUUGACCUCUCCAACAAUAAUCUAUCUGGUUUCAUUCCCGAUUUCUUUGGCAACAUGAGGUCUCUUGUGGAUCUGUAUCUCUCCAGGAAUAGUCUAACUGGUUUCAUUGCCGAUUUCACUGGAAACAUGAGCUCUCUUGCGCAUCUGGAUCUCUCCAACAAUAAUCUAACUGGUUUCAUUGCCGAUUUCACUGGAAACAUGAGCUCUCUUGUGGAUCUGGAUCUCUCCAGCAAUAGUCUAACUGGUUUCAUUCCCGAUUUCAUUGGAAACAUGAGCUCUCUUGUGGAUCUAGAUCUCUCUGACAACCAGAUUGAAGGAGCGAAUCCAAAUUCGUUUGCAAGGCUGUGUAAUUUGGGAACAUUGUGGCUUCAAAGAAAUCAUCUGAGUGGACAAUUAUCUCAACUAUUGCCUAGAUGUGCUCAAAACUCAUUAGUGGAUCUGGACCUCUCUGAGAAUGUUCUUAAGGGGUCAUUAAACAAUCUUACAAGCUUCUCAUCUUUGGUAUUCUUGAAUCUUAGUGCCAAUCAAUUAAGCGUAAAAAUACCUGAAAGUAUUGGGCAAAUGUCGCAAUUAGGGAUUAUCGAUUUCAGCAAAAACUCUUUGAAAGGGGUGGUUUCAGAAACUCAUUUCUCAAAACUCUCCAAUUUAUAUUAUUUGGAUUUAUCCUAUAACCCACUAGUUUUAAAUUUCCAUUCUGAUUGGGUUCCUCCCUUCAAGUUGGGUUAUAUAUAUUUGGCGUCCUGCAAGGUCGGUCCUCUUUUCCCAAAAUGGCUUCAAACUCAAAAUGAUUCUGUCAAGCUUGAUAUUUCAAGUGCUGGAAUUUCUGAUAUUCUUCCAAGUUGGUUUUGGAGUAAUUUUCGUAACGCAGAGAUUAUUAAUCUCUCACAGAACCUAAUCAGAGGAAUAUUUACAAAUUUGACAGUGGAGUUUGCAAAUUCCCCAGAACUACAUUUGAGUUCGAACCAAAUAGAAGGUCCAAUUCCCCCAACUCUAUCACAAGCCUCCUAUCUGGAUCUCUCCAAUAAUAAAAUUUCAGGGUCUCUUUCUUUCCUGUGCGCAAGUGUAGAUAUGAUGUUAGCGUAUCUUAAUCUUUCAAGCAACAGUUUUACUGGAGAACUUCCAGAUUGCUGGAGCCAUUUGGAGAAUCUAGUCAUGCUUGAUUUGAGUAACAACGCUUUUUCCGGAAAAAUUCCCAUGACAAUGGGCUCUUUAUUUCAAAUGCAAACUUUGAAAUUAAGAAGCAACCAAUUUGUUGGAGAAUUGCCUUCAUCUUUGAAGAACUGCACAAGUUUAGAAGUUAUUGAUCUGGGAGAUAAUAAAUUAUCAGGACCAAUACCUACAUGGUUAGGUGUGAGCUUCAAGAAUUUGGUUAUCCUUAUGUUUUCCAAUAAUCACUUCAAUGGAAGCAUGCCCUCAAAAUUAUGCCAUCUAACAUACAUUAAAAUUAUGGAUUUCUCUAUGAACAACAUCUCUGGAAGCAUACCCAAAUGCCUCAACAAUUUGACUACUCUGUCUCAAAAAGGAAAUCCAAGUCUAUCUAGCACACAUACUUAUCACAUACAUAUGGAUGAUGAAACAGUUGGUGGUAAUAAUUAUGAGGAUGAUGCAAGCUUCAUAUGGAAAGGAAGAAUGCAGACAUACAAAAGCACUUUGGGCCUUGUGAAGAGAAUUGAUCUCUCAAGCAAUAGAUUAACAGGGGAGAUUCCAUGUGAAAUCACUCAUCUUGUUGAGUUGGUUUCUUUAAACCUUUCAAGAAACCGGUUAACAGGUCAAAUAACUCCAGAGAUUGGAAACUUGCAGUCAUUGGAUUCUCUUGAUUUGUCAAGAAACCAGAUAGAUGGAAGAAUUCCAACAAGCCUUGCUCGAAUAGAUCGUCUUAGUUUCUUGGACUUGUCAUAUAACAACUUGUCUGGUAAAAUACCAACAGGCACUCAGCUCCAAAGCUUUGAUCCCCUUGAUUAUGCUGAAAAUCCUCUACUCUGUGGACCUCCACUUAAAAUGAUGUGUGCUGAUAAAAAUGAGCAAACUGGCUUGAUCAAUGAAGAGGAUAAGGAUGAGUUUAUAACAUUGGGAUUUUACAUCAGUAUGGGGAUUGGGUUUGCUGCUGGAUUUUGGGGAGUUUGUGGCACUUUGAUAUUCAACAGGCCAUGGAGAUACGCAUUUAAGUUCUUGAAUGAUUUAAAUGAUUGGCUUUAUGUGAAGAUAGCUUUGAUCAAGCGGCGACUAAAGCUAGCAUAUGCUUAGUAGAUAAGCUCGCGAUGUUGCAGCAUCUAAAUUAUGCCUCCUUUCAGUUCAAGUGUUGAAGAUUGCCAGUUCGCGCACGCACAAGUAUCUGGAGAAGAGUUUACAAGUUAAUUUGGAGUGCUUAGUAGGAAUAAAUAUGAGUUAUAUUAGUGUUAAUUAUUUAUCAGAACAAUUAAUUCGGAGUUCUCCGAUUAUUAUUAUUAU